AUGGCUACAUCCCAUCCCCCUUCACGACCAGGUUCUUCCUCCCUUCUGCCAACUCACAUGGACCCUAUGCACCCACAGAUGUCGCCCAACAGCCUCUAUCCUCCAUUAUCGCAAACAUGGAACCGGAUUCGCGUCUGGCUCAACCGAGAGUACCCUGAACUCGGUGACACACUCAACUACGGCAUUCUCCCUCAGGACCUUGCAGAAAUAGAAAUGCAGAUGGGCCUCGCCCUUCCACCGGCAGUCAGGGAAUCCUAUCUCUGCGUGGACGGCCAGGAACCUGAAUCCGCAGCAGGAUGUUCCGAGGGCCUCUUUUUCGGUCUAACUCUACUCCCUCUCGAGAGUGUCCUCGAGGAAUGGCGUUUCUGGCGAGAAGUUGAUGAAGACUCCACCACCGGCGCGAAUCCGAAGCUACUAGAGCUUAUGCAAUCAAUCCCUCCACGUUGGAUUAGGCUCGAAUACUCGAAUCGAGGAUGGGUACCUCUAAUCGCAGACAAGGCUGGCAACUACGUUGGGGUGGAUCUCAACCCUGCUGAAGAAGGCGCAGUUGGUCAGGUUAUCAUCUUUGGACGCGACUUUGACACCAAGGUUGUCCUUUGGCAUGGCGAUGGUCCGGGUGGGUGGGGCAAAUGGUUGGCUGCCUUUGCGGACGAGCUCGAGAGCGGGGAUGGCUUUGAACUCGGCUAUGGUGAUAACAGUGAAGGCAGCGAAGAUGAUGUUGGCUAUGAAAGCUACUACCACGAUGGAAGCGGAAGGGGCGCAGGUGACGGAGGAGGUGCAUCUGGCACCGCUGGUGGUCUGAGGCUUACUGGUGAAUUCAGAGGGUGGAACGUGCUUGAAGCCUGGGGAGAGAAGAGCUUGCGUAAAUGGUAUGACGCGGGUCUUUUACCCGAAUUCUCUUAUCAGCAAGAGCCAGCAACGGAGAACGUCGGUUUGGGAGUCUACGAGGGUCCAGCCGAAACCUCUAAGGCUGCUGUCUCGGAAGUCGAAACACCGAUUGCCAGCACUUCAUCACACGCGCCUACAUCAUCGCGACCAACCAACAUACCAACAAUCUCCGUAACCAAGCCGCCGGCGCCUCGGCCUGUGGAUCUUCCGACGCAACAAGACAUCAAUCCUUCGUCUCCACCAGAGUCCAUGACCUCUAGCGAUGACUAUGAUCUCGAAUCGGGACGCGGCAGUGGACUGCAGGGGUACCAAGAAGCAGUGGGACUUGUCAGUAAUGCGACGGGCAGAACUGCUCAAGAGCCUUUGACACCGCUAUUCAAUGGUGCCUCUGAAUCGUCGGUCUCUGCCCUCCCCCUCUCUCCCCCACCUCCAUUGGACACCUCGGUUUCAUCUUCAAAAGUUUCCGAUAUGACCCCAACGAGUAAGACACCAGCCACCGCGAUUCCUGAUCUCAUGGCUGAGUCUACCCCUGUCAUCGCCGCCGUUCCCAUACAACCCUCUACUUCCACCCAGUCCCAACUUAAUGGUGUCCAGCAAGACGAUUCCGAAGACCUCAUUGACACGAGGAGCAUUCGCGAGGACGAUGACGCUUCUGCCUCAUCCGAAGAUGCACCCGGAGCUGUCGCAGAAACUUCGUCCGAAGCUACCCCUGCAAAUCCCACUAGCUCGGAAGCAUCUUCUUCUGCCCCUGGCGAGGAACCUGCCAAGACGCACAAGAAAAACAAGAGUUCAGUGGCCGAGCUCAAAAAGUCAAGUCAGAGGAAGGAUUCCUCUGCUAGCUUGAAGAGCGUCAAGGAUGCUUCUCCGCCGACAGCCACUUGA